CAUUUCAAGCGGUGAGAAGCUAAGUGCAGUACUUGUAUUUUAGCGUCCUGCCAUCGUAAGAAGAUGAAGGUCUACUAUUUUCCCAUCGUACUGCUGUUUUAUUGCGCUGCUCAAGCCAAUGGGAACAGCCCGCCUCAGUUCGUAGCGCCACCUAUACUUGUGAUUAAGGAGGAUCGUCCGAUAGGGUUUGUUGUUGGGACACUAAGGGCUACCGACUCAGACGGAAACAGCCUUUCGUUCAGUGUUUCAGCCAGUGGAUCUGCAUUCAACCUCGUCCAGGUCUCUAACAACCCCGGCAGCGCUGAGGCAAACAUCACGUUAAACUCUCAACUAAAUUAUGAGACAGUCACAAUGUUUGAUGUUGGGUUCACUGUAUCUGAUGGCGUUAAUACGCUAACCAGAACUGUCACUGUAUAUGUCGUCAACGUAAACGACAACGCACCUCUCUUCAACAAGGCUCGUUACAUUGCAGAUGUUCUGGAAAGCACUCCGGUGGGGGCCAAAAUCCUCACAGUGGAAGCGACGGACCCAGAUUAUGGCCCACCAACAUACUAUUUCUACUCAAAGGAUUCAGGUUCCAUCUCGCAGAACGUCGGUAACUUUAGGAUUGAUCAAACAACAGGGAAUAUUACACUUACAGCUCCGUUGGAUUUUGAAACGAAUGCACAACACACUUUGAAUGUUAUGGCUAGGGACCAAUACGGUUGGAACAGCACAGCCACGGUCUAUGUAAGAGUUGGGGACGUGCCAGAGGAACCACUCACAACAUCACCUCAAGAUUGCUAUGAUGUGUUCAAGACGGGUAACACCACACCUGGUGUUUAUACCGUGUAUCCUGGCUCUGACGUCACAAAGUCAAAACCCCCAGCAUCGUUGAUGGUUUACUGUGAGGACGGGUGGACUUAUCUUCAGCGGAGAUCGGGCUACAGAAACCAUUACCCUGUCAACUUCGAUAGAGAUUGGAAUGACUAUAAAGAUGGCUUUGGCGAUCUUCGUGGUAAUUUCUGGCUUGGAAAUGAGAACAUCCACUCUCUGACGAAGAACAAAGCAUACAAACU